AUGGCCGCCAUGUUAGACAGUGAUUUCAACAAGCCAAGAACCAUUACCCAGACUGUACCUUCUUUGAAGUUAUCUAAUGGAUACAUUCUGCCAGAGGGCAGACUGACCCCCAACGCCCUUUUUGUGGGUGGGAUCGACAUGAAGGUGGAUGAAAAUGAAAUGCGUGACUUCUUUACAAGAUAUGGCAAUGUCAAGGAAGUAAAAAUAAUCACGUACCGUGGAGGGGUUUGCAAAGGGUACGGGUUUGUGUAUUUCAAUGAAGAUGUCAACAUUCAGUCAAUCAUUGAGCAACAGAUCAGUUUUAAAGGGCGGAAACUCAAGCUGGGCCCUGCAAUCAUGAAGCAACGGAGUCCACGAUCCAUACCAUCCCGUCUGGUUGGUUCCACUCCUUGGAUGAGUCCUAGCCAAUAUAUCUACUGUGCGUGUUGCUCACCAAUGGGAGGAGGGGUUACACAGCCCUCACCUGUCUACAGCGGAGGCAACCCGUACAAUCAGCCGUACUCCUACAGCAGCUUCAGCGGGGUGAUGGUUCCACAGAUGCCGAUGAGCUACGCACAGAAUCCCUACCCCUACCAGUACACCCCAGCUCCCUGGACCCCAGACCAAAGGACUCGGCCUGUCAAUCAGAGCUUUGUGGAUUGUGGAGUCCAGACUAUGUUGACUGUGCUGUAGUUGAAAGCUACUGAGCUUUC